UUGCCUAUCGAAAAAUUCCAAAUAUACCGCGUAGUGUAAAUUGGGCGUUUGACUUCAGUUAUUAGCCCUAUGUUGGAGCAAUCGGGCUUAUAACUAAAUCGAUAUAGUGUAAAAGGCUUUUAGAAUGCUUAAAAACUUUAAAUUUGAAAAUUUAAUGUUCUUCACCUCUGGAGUUCUCUUAAAAAUAGAUUUCGGGCUCCCGAUUUUCGGCUGUAUUGCAUCCUCCAAUAUCAAGAGUAUUCAACCACCAUACCACGCAGCUGCACGCAGAUCCAUCUACGCCUUUCCGACCUCUCCGACCAAGUGCAUUCUAUCGGAGACCGGACUACCCAGCAUCACCAAUAGGAUAAAAGAAAGUACAACCCGACUCAUACCAAAAUUAUAUACCACUCCAAAUCGGUUACUAGCUGACGACUUUAAAAACAUAUUUAAAGAAAGAAGGAGAUACAAAUGUCCUUCUACUCUCCGGAUAUGCGCCAACUUUAGCCGUAAAAACGGCGACUUUGUUGUCUGCACUGACAGUCUGUCGACACUCCUGACAAUAAACAACCCCGAGUAUCGCGAUCCCACCAUAAGAUAGAUACAAGGAUUAACAAAAGAGCAUCCGGAAAAAAUAACACUCUUUUGGGUCCCAAGCCAUCAAGGCAUUAAGGGUAACGAAGACGUCAACAUUAGUUUUCACUCCAAUAAACAGCAAGGACAUACACAAGCUAAUAGAUCGCAACUUGGAAAACCAAAAGAUGGAGGAAUGGGCCACGUUCACCCAUAGAUACUGCAAAUUUAAUCCCACAUGUACAAAAAUACCUCUCCCAGCGGCAACUGGGAGACAACAGUGCAGUACCUUUAUCCGGCUUCGUAUAGGACACACCUUUUAAAAGGCAUCAACAAUCCGAUCUUCAGACUCUGCGUUGGAAUCCCAAACACCGACCACUUUUUAGACAGUGGCCAGUAUUAGAGCCCACCUGUUCGGCACACAGUCCCCUUCCCAAAUCCUCGAUGGCCCAUCGGUUUAUAAGUAAAUCAAAGCUAGCAAUAUAAUAACAAACUAAACCCACAAAAAACCGCAUGUACAGAUAUAAACACAGUAAAUUAGUUACAGACAGAGUCGAAGGCCUGCGCAGCCAGUGCUCGGAAAUGUAGUCUUAAGUUUAACAUUGUAUAA